UACUGUUGAAGAAUCAGGAAAUUGAAAGAAAAGACGAAGAGAGGGAGGGAGGAACACGAAUUGAUUUCGUUCUCUCUUUCUCAAUUACAACCUAUUACCCAUUUAUUCUUCACCUUUUCCAACCCUAACAGUCAAUUUCCUUCAUCCAUGGCUUCCUCGGAGAUCGAGGUGGUAUCAUCAUCAUCAUCGGUCUCCAAACCCAACGACCAGCCUCUUAUCCUCGACGUCUUCACCGCCUCUACUCACGGCGACUUCAACAAACUCAGAACCUUCGUCGAACAACACGGUGCCUCCGUAUCGGUUCCUGAUGUUGGUGGCUAUUACGCUAUUCAAUGGGCCUCGCUUAACAACUUUCAUGACAUUGCGCACUAUCUCAUUCAGCAUGGAGCGGAUGUGAAUGCUAAAGACAACAUGCAACAAACAGCAUUGCAUUGGGCUGCAGUUCGUGGUUCAAUUGCAGCUGCUGAUGUACUUAUGGAGAAUGGUGCUCGGAUUGAAGCUGCUGACUUAAAUGGAUACCGGGCAGUUCAUGUUGCUGCACAAUAUGGUCAGACAGCUUUCUUAAAUCACAUUGUAGCGAAGUACCAUGCCGAUUUUGAUGUGCCUGAUAAUGAUGGAAGGAGUCCUCUUCACUGGGCUGCAUAUCAGGGAUUUGCUGACACAAUAAGAUUGCUUCUAUUUAGAGAUGCAUGCCAAGGAAGACAAGAUAAAGAUGGCUGUACACCAUUGCACUGGGCUGCAUUAAGAGGACAUUCAGAGGCAUGCGCUGUGCUUGUACAUGCAGGCACAAAGGAAGAAUUGAUGGUGAAGGACAAUGCUGGACACACGCCUGUACAACUUGCAUAUGAUAAAGGUCAUCGACAUGUCGCUCCUUUCCUUUCAAAUCAACAACAGGCUCAUAGCAACAACUGGAAAGGGAAAGUUUGCCGUGGGGUGGUGACAGAUAUUGGUUAUGCUCCCAUCUUAUUGUUUAUUAUGAUCUUGUCCCUGAUCCUCUUCAUCAACUCAGUUAUCGCUGCUCCUAACCUUGGAAAGAUUACUGCUUCUGUUGGACUUUGGGCAUGGACUGCACUUUCCCUAGAAGCUGCUGCCCUGAUUAUGUUUUAUAGGUGUAGUAGCAAAGAUCCUGGUUAUAUAAAACGGCUGGGAGACUUGGGUACUCAAAGUGAUACUGAGGAUCCUUUAUUGAAUAUUGAUCUGAAUAGUUCCUCUGUUUGGACAGGAAAUUGGUCUCAACUUUGCCCUACCUGCAAGAUAAUAAGACCUGUCCGAUCUAAGCAUUGCCCUACUUGUAAGCGAUGUGUGGAACAGUUCGACCACCAUUGUCCAUGGAUAUCUAACUGUGUUGGGAAGAGGAACAAAAGGGAUUUCUUUAUUUUUAUCUGCCUUGGAACUUUGACUUCUUCCGUUUCUGGUGCCGUUGCAGUUCAAAGAAUUUGGACAUCUACACCAACAUUACUGGCAGGAGAAACAUGGAUCCAUUAUAUGUUAGUACAACAUCCAGGUUUAGUUGUGUUUUUGGUGAUGGACGCAAUUGUUUUCAUUGCAGCUUCAACAUUAACAAUAACGCAGACUUCCAUGAUUGCUCGAAAUGUAACCACAAAUGAACUAGCAAAUUCUUCUCGCUAUGACUAUCUUCGUGGACCUGAUGGGCGAUUCAGAAACCCAUAUGACCAUGGUUGUUGGAAGAAUUGUGCUGACUUCCUUUCUCUGGGAUAUACAAAUGAUGAUGAAAUUGCUUGGCCUCGAUUACAGCAGGUGGCAACUUGAACGCUCUCCCAUGCCGUGUCUAUGCAUCCUUUGUUAUAUUGUCACAUAGUUUUAAUUCGUAGAUAUGUAGAUGAUAGUAAUUUUCGGCUAGGGUGUUCAUUCACUGACACAUGUACAUUUUGUUAGAGAGCACAAAGAAAUAAAACAUUUUUUCUUUUGGGAUAUCAGAAGAUAACAUUAUUUGAUACCCUCAAGUGGCAGUUGUGCUAUUGUUUGGUGGGAUAUCCACUACUUCAGAGGGAGUGCAUUUAAAGGACUGAAACAAAUGUCUUUUAACUCUAACUCUGCUUUGGCAUGGAUGAAAAAUUGGUUGGUGUAAGAUGUAGAAAUGACACUGAAUUUUUACAGUGCUGGUCUUCAGCAUUGGACUUUUAACAACACUAUUUACCGUUUCCUUUGA